GGCGCGCCUGGCUGAGGAGAAGGCGGCGGAGGGAUCCGUGUCCCGGUGCGCUGCGGCUCGGGGAGGGAGAGAGUUCUUCUUUUGCCAUCACUUUUUUUUUCUUUAUUUAUUUAUUGGGCCCCCCUCCCCCCCUGAGUGAGCGGGCCGGGGCACGGACUCAGCCCGGUGUCGGCUCUUCUAACACCCCCCCCGUCCAGGGUUUACUUUGACUGAACGGACCCUUACUCCUCCAUAGAAGGGGGGUGAGUGAGGAGAAGAAGAGGGUCGCCCCCCGUGUGAUUUACCCCCUGAGCCUGAGGGGGAGGCCGGGGGGGACUGUGAGGGAAGAUGUGGCGGUGACAGGGCUCUGUUCCCCUCCCCUGGAAGAAGAGGAGGAAGAAGAGAAGAAGAAAGAAGAAGAAGGGGGGACAUCCCCGGUCAUCCCCCGGGAGAGGGGCGCAGCAGGUCUGAAUCCUGGAAGACCUUUUCUUUCUGUGAAAAGCCCCGUGUGUUAGAGUUGCAGCAUUUGGAGGAAACAGGAGAAAGGAGGAUGGAGCUGCAGUCUCUACAGGAGGCCCUGAAAGUGGAAAUACAAUUUCACCAGAAACUGGUAGCUCAAAUGAAACAGGAUCCGCAGAAUGCAGACUUGAAAAAACAGCUUCAUGAACUCCAAGCCAAAAUCACAUCUCUGAGCGAAAAGCAGAAACUUGUAGUGGAACAACUUCGAAAGAAUCUCAUAGUGAAACAGGAACUCCCAGACAAUAAACUUCUUAUCCAGCCUCUGCUCCAUCUAGAAAGCAAACCGCCAAUACCACAAGUGCAGCAUCAGAUACAAUUGCAACAGCUCCAUGCCCAGCAGGUGUCCCACUCAUCUGCAACACCUCUUCCAGGCCUGAGUGGUGCACAGAAGACUGUGGCCACAGCCUCUAUGAUCACGGCAAAGACUCUACCUCUUGUGUUGAAAGCUGCAGCAGCAUCUAUGCCCACUACAUUAUUGGGGCAACGGCCAACCAUCGCCAUGGUGACUGCCAUCAACAGCCAGAAAGCAGUUAUCGGCGCAGAUGCCCAAAGCACUGCAAUAAACCUGCAGACAACUAACAAAGUCGCCAAUCAGGGAACAGAGACUUUCCAGAUACUGGCAAAAAAUGCUGUUACUUUGCAGGUCCAGGCAACGACUUCUCAGACUAUCAAAGUUCCCCAGUUCAUUCCUCCUCCCCGACUAACUCCUCGUCCUACAUUUCUUCCACAAGUGCGGCCAAAGCCAGCAGCACAAAACAACAUUCCCAUUGCCCCUGCUCCUCCCCCCAUGCUUGCAGCUCCACAGCUCAUCCAACGGCCAGUCAUGCUAACCACAAAGCUUACCCCCACUUCCCAGAACUCCAUUCAUCCUGUGCGUAUUGUAAAUGGGCAACCUGCAGCCAUUUCCAAAGCCUUCCCCACAGCACAGCUUACCAGUAUCGUCAUAGCAGCACCGGGCACGAGACUGGCAGCUCCUCAGACUCUGCAACUUCCCAAACCAAAUGUGGAGAAGCAGAUGACUAAAACUCAGGUGGAACCAGAGAAGCCAACUGAAAGCAGUACGACAGUGCCACCUGCCUCCAAGCCAAAACGAGAGGAGAACCCACAGAAACUCGCCUUCAUGAUGGCACUAGGUUUGCUUACAUAUGACCACUUGGAAGAAAUUCAAAGUAAAAGACAAGAGAGGAAAAGAAGAACAACCGCCAACCCAGUGUACAGUGGGGCAGUAUUUGAACCUGAGCGUAAGAAGAGUGCGGUGACGUACUUGAACAGCACAGUGCAUCCAGGGACGAGGAAGAGAGGUCGUCCUCCCAAAUACAACACGGCCCUGGGUUUGAGCGCCCUGCCACCCACCUCCCCUCCAUCCAGUCAUGCCGCUUCCCCAGAAAGCGAAAAGACCCAGAUCACAUGUAGUUUCCCUGCAAGCAUCCUGCCUGUGUCCUUGCCUAAUCCUAGUUCCACGGACGCUGAUAUCCAUGAGGAUUUUUGCAGCGUCUGCAGAAAGAGCGGACAGCUACUGAUGUGCGACACAUGUUCACGUGUAUACCACCUGGACUGUUUGGAGCCUCCUCUGAAAGCCAUUCCUAAGGGCAUGUGGAUAUGUCCCAAAUGCCAAGACCAGAUGCUCAAGAAAGAGGAAGCGAUUCCCUGGCCCGGAACAUUAGCAAUUGUUCACUCGUAUAUUGCAUAUAAAGCAGCAAAAGAAGAGGAGAAGCAAAAAUUACUCAAGUGGAGCUCAGAGCUGAAACAGGAGCGAGAGCAACUAGAGCAGAAAGUGAAACAACUCAGCAGCUCCAUAACGAAAUGCAUAGAAAUGAAGAACACCAUCUUGUCCCGGCAGAAAGACAUGCACAGUUCUUUGGACAAAGUGAAACGUCUUAUCCGGCUCAUUCAGGAUAUCGACCUCACCAAACCUGUCAACUCAGAGGUGACCUCUAACCACAGCCAGGACUGCAGUGCUGCUGCCAACAGCCCCCCUCCCGACCCCAAGCCAGCCACAGCCACAGCCUCUUUCCCUUCACCAGUCCAGAACUGCACCCCGGCAGAAGAGACUAAGUGACCUGCUCUCCUGUAACCGAGGGUACUAUGAAAAGACAAAGCGCGUCUGAUCGUUUCCUGGGCCGUACAGGAUCAGAACCAUCCCAGGACAGGGGCGUAAGCACUGGAGUUUUGCCAAUCAACCUUUUAUUCUGUGUGUUCCACGUGUGAGCUGGCGUUUCAUGCCAGCACCAUGCCAAGUGACAAAUAGAAUCAAAUCUUUACUCUCUUUACACCAGUGUGUGCCUGCAGCAGCCUCCACAGCAAGCAUAGAUUUCAGUCUUUAUUUUAUUUUUUUGUUCUUUUGCGAUUUCCUUGAGGUGUAUGUGUGGACACUAAGCUUCGGAGAGCUCCUCCUUCUGCAAAUUAAAUUGUGGAGCCAGGGAGAGGGGGGCGAACACAGCUGUGCGCAAACAGAAGAUUCCCCUCAUCUCCAACUCUCCAGUGUGAUGUACCAAAAAGAAAAAAAAAAUCCUUCCCUUUGAUGACCAGGCCACAGAGCUUGGAGGGGGCAUGGAGGAGGAAUGUGUGUUUGAGUCAGUAUUUAAGGUCCUUAAUGAUGUUUUUUCCUUUUAAAUGUGCGUCUAAGCAGGGUUGGGGCACUUCAAGGCUAGCAGUACCACCUGCCUGUCGAUCAUGGGGGCCACAGAGUAGAUGUUAGCUGCCGACGUGCCCAUCCUUGUCCCACAGUGUAGAAAUGGGUAGACAGAUCUAUGUUAUUUUUUUAAUACGUGCCAGCAUCUCAAUGAGAAAUGACUUUUGGUAACUUACUGACAUAUUAUUUAUUUGCAAUUUAAACAAAAAAAAAA